CCAACAAUGCUAAUCAAACCUGCAGUUGUUGCAAUUCUAUUUUUUCUGAAAACCUCUGUUACUAGUGAACAUAUAGUAUGUAAGAGAGAGAAAAUUAUAGAAUGGUAUCCAGAACCUAAAAUGGUUACAGUGAAUUGGACUCUAAAAGAAAAUAUCUGCAUUGAUUUUUAUAAAGAAUGUUGGACAAAUAGUUCUAACACUCAAAAUACUUCUUCAUCCCAUCAAGGACUUAAUAUUCCACAAAUUUGUCCCUUGCAGCUUCAAGUUGGGGACACACUUAUUAUUUCUUAUGAACCAUUUUCUCAAUUUCUUGGAAUGAAUCUGAUUAAUGUUUCCAAAGAGGCUUUCAUUAACUGUCUGCAAAAUGACAGUACUCAAGAUCAGCUGCUUUUUAACUGCAAACUAAAAGGAACACAUGAGGUUAACUCUCAAUGGCUUAGCAUUGGAACACAUUACUUCCUCACAAAAAUGAAAGGAGACCCAUUACUCUGCAAACUUGGCCUUCGUUUGAAUGUAACAGUUAAACAACAAUUUUGUCAGGCAUCUCAGAAUGCAACAGUUUGCUCUGGACAUGGCAGAUGUCUAACUGAAGUGUGGAACAAGACAUAUGUCUGUCAUUGUCACCCUCCAUACUCAGGGGAGUUUUGCCAGGAGGUUGAUGAAUGCUUUCAAAACCCAUGUCAUAACAAUGGAACUUGCAUUAAUAAAAGAGAAGAACUUGGGGAUUCCUAUGAUUGUAUCUGUUAUCAAGAAUUCACAGGCAAAAAUUGUGCAGAAAUAAUUGGACAAUGUCAACCACAUCUCUGUCUCUAUGGGAACUGCAGAAAUGUGACACCAAAUACAUUCAUUUGUGAAUGUGAUGAACAAUUUACAGGUCCAUUUUGUGAGGAGUUGCUGAAUCCUUGUCUUUCUCAACCAUGCUGGAAUGGAGGAACAUGCCGUAAUCAAAUGCCAGAUUGUAUUUGUGAUUGUCCUGUUGGCUUUCUUGGUCCAAAAUGUGAAACCACUGUUGAUGAAUGCUCAUCUCUGCCAUGUCAGAAUGAACCUGAAUGCAUUAAUAUGUCAAAUGAUAUUACAUGCAUGUGUUUACCAGAAUUCACAGGCAAGUUUUGUGACAAAAUUCUAAGAUCAUGUCAUUUAAUACUUUGUGGAAAAAAUGCCACUUGUGAAGAAGAAGACAAGAAUUAUCAUUGCAGGUGUAUGCUAAGAUUUACUGGAAGGAACUGUGAAGAAGUAAUUGACUACUGUAGAAUUCUCAGCAUCAACUGUCUGAAUGAAGGUCUAUGUUUCAGUAUAAUUGGAGGAGUCAGAGUAAGUAAUUUAAUAUAA